AUGGUUCGUGCGUUCCCCUACGGCUUCGUCUACCCGGUGCCGAUUGCCUGGCCUGCACAAGACGAUUUCGAGCUGCCCUCUUGGGUGAAGCCAUGGGAUGAUACGCAACGGCAGAUAUGGCGUGGCGUAUGCAUUGUUUUGCGGGAACUCGCCAAGCAGGAACAUAACGUGGUUGAGUUUCUCAUCCAGCCGAACGGUCACAAGACCGGUGUGAACUGCCGCAUGUUUGACCAGCCGUGUCAGGAGUACGACUUCUUCAAGGCGCUGCUGGGUCGUCCGGGCUUUCGACACCUGGAACUGUCGGUUCUUGCCGAUGAAGAGGACGAUGACUGGAGCGCACUCCAGAAUGGGCGCCUCUAUGAAGCGCUUAGCGAGGCCAUGGACCUUGAACAUCUGGAUUUCUGGUUCCAGAUCGAUGCGGACCAGGAAAUCGACCUGGAAAGGAUUCCAAAACUCCGGAGCAUGCUGCCCUUCCACAGUUGGCCAAAACUACAGCACUUUGGGCUCUCGCGCGCCAUCGUAAGACAUGAAGACCUUGUCUCCAUCCUACAAACUCUGCCAUCAACUAUCCGGUCCGUAGAGCUGAGCGAAUUGCGCUUUUUCGAUGAACGGCCGAAUCCGAAUCAUAGCCGGCGAGGCUUUUUGCGUCGUCUCCGUGAGGAUCUGGAGUGGCGUACACGACAACCAGAAGACCAGCCUCGUAUCGCCUUUCACACUGGUGCGCGUGAGGGAAUGACUCGCCAAGACUGUUUUGAUGCUGAAGUAGCUAGUUUUGUCUAUGGGGAUGGACCAAAUCCCUUUGAUCAGCUGGAUGCCGUGCCGAAUGUCCAGAUGGGUUAUGCUAGGGACCCGCUGGAACCGGACUACAGAGUACCCGAAUAG